AUGGCGUAUAGCUCUCGUAUCCGUGCUGUUUGUGGUGCUCUUGCGCUGUAUAUUGCCAGUGUUGGCUCUCCGGUUGAUGCGUGGCUUCCUCCGAUCAUCACCAAGGGUAACAAGUUCUUUGAUUCGGAGUCGGGACUUGAAUUCCGACUGAAAGGAAUGGCCUACUACCCCCGACCCAACAGUGGAGAAAUGGCCGAUGUCAGCAAUUACGACUGGGCUGCGGAUGAACAUGAAGCUGUAUGGAAACCACACUUAGAGGUGAUGAAGGACCUCGGUGUCAACACGAUUCGUUUGUACUCGAUUGAUCCGAGUCUAUCGCAUGACAAGUUCAUGUGUGCAUGCUCGGAAGCAGGUAUUUAUGUGCUGGUUGGUCUCACAGCCCCAUGCGAAAACUGCUCCAUCUUGGACUACGUACCGCCUAAAUGCUACCCUGACGACCUGUUCACGCGCGGUCAAAUGGUUUAUAACGCUUUCGCAGUCUAUGAUAACACACUCGGAUUCAGCGUUGGCAAUGAAAAUAACCUCCAAGUCGAGAAUGGCGCCGAUGGAACCACGACUGCUCCGUGUGUUAAAGCGUUUUUACGUGAUAUGAGGAGUUAUGCAGCUAGCUGCACAAGAUCUGUGCGUCAGGUUCCACUUGGUCUCGAUAUCGCAGACAUCCCUCCUCGUGAGCAGUGGAUUUCGUACUACGACUGUCCGGUAGACGACGACGAGAACACGCGCGCUGAAUGGAUGGGAUUCAACCCGUACGUGGAAUGCGACCCCACUACCCAUACGAAAUACUCGCAAUCUACGGGUCUGAACAAGUUGAUGGCCGAAUAUGCCGAGGUGGGGUACGCGCGUCCUUUAAUGUUUGGUGAAUUCGGCUGCAAUAAGGGCGAAAACACCAUCGGUGGUUACGAGAACCAGCGCACAUUCUACGACGCAAAAUGGAUGAAUGAGGAGAAGGAGAUGACGGAUGAAAUUGUAGGUGGGAACGUGUUUGAGUUCUCCACAGAGAUCGCCAAUUUAGUGAACAGCUCAGCUGUGACCAAGUCCGGGGAUGCCGGUAAAUACGGCGUUGGAUACUUCCAACCGGAAGAUUGCGACAACGACAACGUUCUUUGCGAAUUCACGCCUUAUCCGGAGUACGAAAAUCUUAAGAAGGCGUACGCUACCACGAAAGCUUCUACCGUUGAGCACGACAGCUAUACACCUACGCGUGAUACAAUUCUGAGCUGUCCGAAAAACAUGUCAACUGAAUUGCCACCGACUCCAGAAGUGACGAUUUUGGAGUGUUCGGUCGCACAACCCGUCUGCAACGGCAAGAAGGCGAACUCGUAUCAACACGAAGACUCGUCUACAGAGGUCGGUGACAAGCGGAAACCAUCAAAUGAAGAAGCUGCGGCGAUAACAAGCGCUGCUAACACCAUCCCCGUAUUAACAGCGCUCGCUUCCGCGGGGGUAACACUCAUUCUAUCCUCGCUCUAG